UGUUUUUUCUAUUGUAAUACACAUAUGUGUAUAUGAGAACAGGCUGGUCAUCUGUUAGAACGAGAACUAUGAAGGGAUCGACAAGCAUGGGAGACACGGCUUCAUGGUAUUGUGGCGUGGUGUUGUUGACUCUGAUACUAUUGGGGACCAUCAGAGAGACCUCCUUGGUCGACGACGAAGAGGCCUCUCCUGGUGCCCCCCUCAGAGGAAACCAGCUCGGUGAUCGGCCGUGCGACGAGAUAUACGUCGUCGGAGAAGGCGAGACCCUCCACACCAUCAGUGACAAGUGCGGCGACCCGUUCAUCGUGGAGCGGAAUCCCCAUAUCCAUGAUCCAGAUGAUGUCUUCCCGGGUCUCGUCAUCAAAAUCACACCCAUCAACUCUCGACGAUGAUUAUUCUUCAGGUAGAAGACCUUUAAUUAAUUAAUCAGACCCACCCAAAGCGCGCGCGCACGCAUGUAGAGAGAGAGAGAGAGAGUCUUGUUAUUUAUUCUGUUUUGCUCCUCCGAUCCUCUCCAGCUUCCUUCUGUUUUCUACUGUAUACCCAGGGUUCAGAGAUACAGAAAAUUUUUCUUGUUCUUUUUCUCUUGGAAAUUCUCAGUGGUCUGUUUGAUUUUCUCAUGGAAAUAGAAAUAAAAGAAGCGCUGUACAACCAUUUCAAUCCAUCAUAUUCUUUCUUCCGAUUCAGCUUCUUAGUUCUGGUCUGGCUUAUUUGUUUUCCUUUGUAUAGUUUUGUUAGUUUCUUUGUCAUCGAAAACACAGAAGAAUUAGGGAGGGUUUUGCUUUUAAUUUCUUGAGUUAGGCCAUGAAUGGACAUGAUGAAUAUUUGGAAGAA